GAGAGGGAAACGGUGGCUAACGUGAGUGAAGACUGUAAAGUAGAUCCAAGAAGGGAGGGACUUUAUACCGGGAAGGUGAAAGCUGAAGGAAGUUGUUGUCGUUGGGAAUGUCAUCACCUCCGUAUGGUCACAGGAGUCAUGAAGGGUCCACGCACAUAUCAGACAGCGACUCAGAGACCGAGCCAAAGCUCCCCCUCAACCAGUUCUAUCCAUACAUCCGCUGUGCCCUGUGCUGCGGCUUCCUCAUCGACGCCACCACCAUCAUAGAGUGUCUGCACACAUUUUGCAAAAGCUGCAUCGUGAAGCACUUCUUCUACAGCAGCAGGUGUCCCACAUGCAACAUUGUGGUCCAUCAAAGUCAACCCCUUUACAACAUCAGGCCUGACAGACAACUGCAGGACAUUGUUUACAAAAUGAUUCCCUACCUUGAGGAGUAUGAACGAGAACAGAUGUGUACCUUCUACAAAGAGAGAGGGAUGGAGGUGCCUAAACCAGUGGUGAUCACCUCUCCCGCUCCUGUUGGGGUGAAGAGGCAGAGGAGAGAUAACGCUCCUCAGUCUGUGUUCACUAUUCCUCCUGAGCUGGAUGUUUCUCUGCUGCUGGACUUUGUUGGGGCUGAAGAGGGCAUUAUUGACUUUAAGCCGUUGGAGAGGCGGUAUGUUCGUGUGUCGGGUGAGGCCACCAUCCGGCACGUGGAGUUGUUCAUCAGGAGGAAGAUGGAGCUUAGCCCAACCUGCCUGGUGGAUGUGGUUUGUGGCGACCACCUCCUGGAUCCCUCCCAGUCCCUCAAAGACGUGCAGAGCACCGUGGGCGAUGCGGCGCUGCAAGACGGUCUGCUGGUGCUGCAGUUUGGCCUGAUCCUGCCCGCCCACUCCUGACCAUGAGAUUGUGAUUCCUUUCCUCCGACUCCUAGUUAUCAUUUGGAGUGAAGUGUCUACCUUUGCAUUAUACCUGCCUCACGACCAUCUUGGAUGUGAGAGCCUAAUAUCUCCAAACAUGGUUUUCCUGAAUGGACUGGAAUGAAAAUAGAUCAACUGUUCUUUGAAAUUUAUCACUGUAGCAACAAAUGUUCAUCUCUCAGGAAGACGGGUACAUACAUUUGACUUACGUGAGUGCCAGCAUGGAAAAAGGAGUAACUCCAAUCCGACAAGUGGAAGUUCCUCUUCCUACUGCCAAGGUGUCUUCAGGUGGAGUUCAGUUGGCUUCCACUCUACAGAACGUGACUUCUGCUGUAGCCACACUGCGCAUGACUCCUCUUAAUAGAAAGUGAAACUCAGACAGUGCCUGUGAAGCAGAUUCAAGCUGCCUCUUUUUCUAUGAAACCAGGGACCCAUUUCUCACUUUUGUAUUUAAUGACUGAUUGACUGUGAUUUCAGAUACUACUGAUUCAAAGGGCUUGAAAAUUCAAACUACCACUACCAAAGGUUUGUGUUUGUGUGUAACAUUUUGAUAUUCAGAGCUCCGAUCUACGCGUCGUCUUUUCCAGCUUGUUUAUGGUUGAUUUACACAUUUAAUUUAAGAGCUGUUAACUUUUUUACUUAUUUAAGUGUCAACUUAUGUAAAAGAAUACAACAGACACGAAAGCAUUUAUUUAAAGGGUGUUCGUAUGCAGAGAUUUUUUGUAAGAUUCGUUGAAAAAUAGUUUUGUCAGUUUGAAUGAAUAAA